AUCCCAACCCUAUCUCUAUCUCUCUCGCUCGCGCGCGUGCGGAGGCGAUUCCUCACGAUCUCUCCCAUCUCUCUCUCUUUCUCGAUCCGAUCCCUCUCGCUCGCAGUUUAUGAGCUCCAAGGAGAAACCGACCUUAGGAGGCACGCGGAUUAAGACCCGCAAACGGAAUAUAACAACUCCUUUGGACCCUUCAACUUUUGCUGAUGCAGUGGUCCAGCUAUAUCUGGAUAAUGCUGGUGAUCUGGAGCUUGUUGCCAAAAGCAUCGAAUCUUCAGAACUUGACUUCUCACGGUACGGCGAGACCUUUUUUGAGGUUAUCUUCAUUGGUGGCCGCACGCAACCUGGCACAGUAAAGCCUGAUGAAGGAGAGAGGCACUCCUUCUCAAUUCUGGACUGCGAACCAAUCCGUGAAGUCAUCUUACCAUAUGUUCUCUACAUUCAGAAAAUCUUACGCAGGCGGCCAUUCUUGAUAAAGAGCCUUGAAAAUGUCAUGCGUAAAUUCCUGCAAUCUUUGGAGCUUUUCGAAGAAAAUGAUAGGAAGAAGCUUGCCAUUUUUACAUCCCUCACGUUUACUCAGAAGCUCUCGGGCCUCCAGCCUGAGACUGUGUUCCAGCCGCUGCUCAAAGACAGUCUUGUUGCAAAGGGGCUGUCACUUUCUUUCAUGACUGAUUUCUUUAAGGAAUAUUUGAAGGACAGCAGUUUCGAUGAUCUUAUACUGAUUUUAAAGAAAGGGAAAAUGGAGGAUAAUCUCCUUGAAUUUUUCCCAACUGCAAAGCGGUCCCCUGAAGGUUUCUCGGAGCAUUUCAACAAAGAAGGAUUGACAGCACUUGUCGAGUACAAUGAGAAGAAAAUGUUUGAAGUCAAGCUGAAGGAGAUGAAAUCCGUGUUGACUACCCUGAUUGCAGAGGAGACCGAUAUUUCCGAAGUCAUAGAGACUGUGAAGCAGCAGGCUAAAGAGUCAAAAUUUCCUGAUAUAGAGGUUGUGCGCAUGUUGUGGGAUGUGUUGAUGGAUGCCAUUCAAUGGUCCGGAAAGAACCAGCAGCAGAAUGUUAAUUCCGCACUGCGCCAGGUGAAAGCCUGGGCCAAACUUUUGAAUGCAUUUUGUACAAGCGGCCGGCUGGAAUUGGAGCUCAUGUACAAAAUUCAGAUCCAGUGCUACGAGGAUGCUAAACUGAUGAAGCUGUUCCCCGAAAUUGUGAGGUCUCUUUAUGAUCAGGACGUACUCGCUGAAGAUACCAUUCUUCUUUGGUUCCGCAGGGGCGCAAACCCUAAGGGCAGGCAAACUUUUGUGAAGGCCCUGGAGCCUUUUGUGAAUUGGCUCGAGGAGGCUGAAGAGGAAGAAUGAAACCAUCUAUCUGCCCCCUCCCUCUCUCUUUCGCUCUCUCUCUCUCCUCUCUCUGUGAUUGUGGCAUGGAGGAGGAAUCUGAAUCUCUGUAGCAUUUUGCAGCAAACUCUCUUGCGAAAUUGCUAUUUAAAGCAAUCUGUAGUAUGUUACUUUCCUGCUCUGGCAGCACGUUUUAUGUGCUGAAGAUUGAAGUGGCAAUCGUGUGUACUCGAAUAGGGAUUAAUUCAGAUUGAACUUUUUCUGCA